AUGACGGAUGACGUAAAGAACUCAGGAGAUGUCCAAAAAACAAUCUCGAUUGCUAUUUUGACGGCAGGGCAGCCGCCGAAGCAGCUUGUGGAAAAAUAUGGCGGUUUUGAGUACAUGCUUCGGAAUGCGUUGGCUGAAGCCCUUGCCAACAUUCCGCGCCACGAGUGGCAUCCGAAGAUUUCAUUGCAUCUUCAAGCUUUCAAUAUAAUGAUGGCAGAGUUUCCAGACAUUUCGCAAUUGGACGAUGGUGCGUGGGACGCGAUGGUGGUUACAGGAAGUCCUUCUUCAGCCACUGAAGAAAAUUCUAUGUGGAUGCAGGUACUGAGUAAGUACCUGGAGCACCUCGUUCUCGAACACCCCCUUGUCCGGAUUAUCGGACUCGGAUUUGGCCACCAACUGGUCGCGCGUGCCUUUGGAGGUAAAGUGGUGCAAGACAAGCAUCACGCCGAAUUUGGUAUAACAAAGUUCAAACUUACAAAUGAAGGAACGGGCAUCUUAUCGCCAUUUGAUCAUGAUACUGAAUGGUCUUUACAGCAAGCGCAUACGGACUAUGUAUGUGACAUGCCACUGCCUGUGGAGGGGGACGCUUGGCAAUCCUUAGGUGGUAACGAAAAGUGUCCAAUCCAAGGUCUGACUUUGCACUACCCAACGGAAGCACCGCCUUUGCCUUCAUCCGUGAAAUCAUCGUCCUACGUCGCUUUCGACGUGGAAGAUAUUGUAACCGGUGCAUCUGGCCCCAUGCCUGUCCGAAGCGCACACGUUUUGACUUUGCAGGGUCAUCCUGAGUACAAUGCCGCAGUAAUGCGUGAUCUGCUAUCUCACCUGCGUGAAACAGGUACAGUGAAUGAGACUGAUUACGAAUCUGCACUGAGCAGUAUAAAUGAAGAACAACGAAAUCUGGAUACUGCCAAAAUCUUACUUGCCAUGCUAGGAAUGGAGCCCGCCACAGCGGAGUUGGAACCAAUGAAUUAG